AUGACCUGUGGAUUUGGUGGCCGUGCCUUCAGCUGUGUCUCGGCCUGUGGGCCCCGGCCCGGCCGCUGCUGCAUCACUGCCGCCCCCUACCGCGGUAUCUCCUGCUACCGAGGCCUCUCUGGGAGCUUCAGCAGCCACAGUACCUGCAGCACCAUCCGCUCUGGCUCUGGUGGACGCAGCUUCGGCUACCGCUCUGGAGGUGUGUGUGGGCCCAGCCACCCCAGCAUCACCUCCGUGUCUGUCAACGAGAGCCUGCUCAUGCCCCUCAACCUGAAUAUGGACCCCAACGCGCAGAGUGUAAAGCAAGAGGAGAAGGAGCAGAUCAAGGGUCUGAACAGCAGGUUUGCUGCCUUCAUUGACAAGGUGCGCUUCCUGGAGCAGCAGAACAAACUGCUAGAGACCAAGUGGCAGUUCUACCAGAACCAAAAGUGCUGUGAGAGCAACCUGGAGCCCCUGUUUGAUGGCUACAUCGAGACACUGAGGCGGGAGGCUGAGACUGUGGAGGCCGACAGCGGGAGACUGGCCUCAGAGCUCAACCAUGUGCAGGAGGUGCUGGAGGGCUACAAGAAGAAAAGGUACGAGGAGGAAGUGGCUCUGAGGGCUUCAGCAGAGAAUCAAUUUGUGGCUCUGAAGAAGGAGGUGGAUUGCGCCUAUCUUCGCAAGUCAGAUCUGGAGGCCAAUGUGGAGUCUCUGACCCAGGAGAUUGACUUCCUGAGACAUCUGUAUGAGGAGGAGAUCCGGGUUCUCCACUCCCACAUUUCAGACACCUCAGUUGUGGUCCAAAUGGACAAUAGCCGAGACCUGAACAUGGACUGCAUCAUCGCCGAGAUCAAGGCUCAGUAUGAUGACAUCGCUAGCCGAAGCAGGACUGAGGCUGAGUCCUGGUACCGCAGCAAGUGCGAGGAGAUGAAGGCCACAGUGACCCGGCACGGGGAGACUCUUCGCCGCACCAAGGAGGAGAUCAACGGGCUCAACCGCAAGGUCCAGAGGCUAACAGCUGAGGUGGAGAACGCCAAGGGCCAGAAUUCCAAGCUGGAGGCCGCAGUAUCCCAGUCUGAGCAGCCAGUGACCGGCUGCGUCAGCAGUGCCCCCAGCACCGGGAACCUAGCCGUGAGCACUGGGAGAUGCGCCCCCUGUGGUCCUUCCAAUUCCUUCACCUCUAGUAGCCUGCGCACUUGCGGUGUAAGCUCCUGUGCUGUGAGCUCAUAUGCCAGCAGCUGCCGGAAGUGUUAG